CCCGGGGGCGAGGGCUAAAUAUCAGCUUUUCCGGUCCUUCCUCGGGCCACGGGGAGCUCAGAGAUUGAGUGGGAGGCUGUGACCACCCGCCGAGAGGCCUCUGUCUCUGUCUCUGUCUCUGUCUGUGUCUGUGUCUGUGUCUGUGUCUGUCUCUGUCUGACUGUGGGGAUGGGACGGGGACGGUAUCCAGCUGCUGCCCACCUGAAUAGGCAACACAUUGAAAGGAGCGUGAGCGCAGCCCCCAGGAUCGGUCUGCCAGGAGACAAGAAGAAGCUGCAGAUGCUGGAAUCCCAAGGUGGAGAUGGGCAUUGUGUCUGUCACAAGUCUACAUAUACUGCUCUUGCCAAUGACUAUAAUUGUAAAGUUGACCUUGCGAUCACAUCAGAUGGGCAAACAAUAGUUUGUUACCACCCAUCAGUGGACAUCCCAUACGAACACACCAAGCCUAUUACACGACCUUCCCCUGUAGAGAACAAAGAGGAGACCCAUGACCAGGUACUGAAGGCCAGGUUGGAUAAGGAAGUGCUGCGUGAUAAACAGGCCCCUACAAUUGAAGAGCUCAGUAAAAUGUUCUAUACAACAAAACACCGCUGGUAUCCAAUUGGGCAGUACCACAGGCGAAGGAUUAAACCCAAUCCCCCAAAAGACAGAUGAUACUCUGAAACCUUGAUCUCUGGAAUUGUAUGUGUUACUGUUGUAUUAUAUUGGACCAGAAAAGGUUUCAGCACCAGUUUACAGAGUUUAUGGUUUCAAUUAUGAUAUUUUGUGAUGUUUGGUCAAGUAGAAAAACAGUCUCACAAGCAGGACUGAAGUCCCUUACAAACAAAGGAAUGUAAAGACCUGGUUUGUCAUAAGAUGAAUUAUUGUCAUCAAUUCUCUGUGUUAACGCAAUAAAAUGUUAAAAUUA